CAUGCACAGACUGGCGGCUCGCUGCGCGCUCAUGGCGGGCCUGCUGUCCUGUGGGCACCACGCGCGCCUUUUUUUGUUUACAUUUAAGACUGCUUAGCAACGGCUUUGGAUCACUUUGUGCAGUUGAAACCCACGCAUCAUGACGAACGCAAUGAAAGAACCAGAGAUAUUUCCAAAAGUCACUGUGGUAAUUGAAUUGAGGAACUUUGAAGACCCCAGCAGAGUUACAAAUCUAUUAAGUAAAUGUUAUGACAAAAAAAAAUAUGAUGGUAAAAUUGAAUGUACAGGAUCAUUUCAAGACAUAGACUAUAUUUUUUCAGAGCUUAAUCGACAAAAAAAACAUUCCAUUCAUAUAAAAUCUAAUACAAAAGUCCAGACUAGUAAUCAUGUGUGUUCUGAAUUUGUAGAAGUUGAUAGGACUCUGAUGGAUUACAUUGAUAAAAAAAUGAUGAAAGAAUUUGAAAGCAUUAAGAGAAAUAACUGCAUAACAAGAAAAAACAUUUCUGAAGGCCAGUUAACACUAAUGUUUCAGUGCUCUGGAAAGGGGACUGACUGCACUGAUGCAAAGGAAAGAUUUGUAACUUUCUACCAGACAAUUGCAACUAAUUUGAAAUUUAAAAUAAUUGGAACAGACUCACAUAAUGAUUUUCAGAGUGAAAAUCUCAUUAAAAAAUUCCCCAAGGUUAUGGUAAAUAAACAAAAAGACAGUGUUUUGCUCAUGGGAAGUUUUCUUGACCUCAGACUAAUGGAAGAGGCUUUACUCAAGAAGAAAAUGAUUAGACCUUCAAGGCCUAGACGUGUUCCAGUAGAAAUGUCCUACAAAGCUGAGAGCUUGUCGGAGCAGUCUACCACAAAGGAUUUUACAGUGACCCUUACAGGAAAACCUGACCAACAGAAGAUCAAGAAGGAGAAGUGUCCAAUUUGUUUAGAUGAAAUUCAAGAGACAGAACAGGAGACUCUUCCACAGUGCCAGCACAUAUUCUGCAAAACAUGCCUGAAACAGGCCUUUAGUGUUAAACCUGCCUGCCCUGUUUGUGGUUUGGUUUAUGGAGAGAUGAAAGGAACUCAACCAAAGAAUGGUACAAUGACAUUCAACAUUAUGAAAACCGGUUUGCCAGGAUAUGAAGAAUAUGGCACAAUUAUGAUUUACUAUAAAAUACUAAGCGGCACCCAAGAGGAAGAGCAUCCCUCCCCGGGUCAAUAUUAUGAAGGUGUAUCACGUACUGCCUAUCUUCCAGACUCUCCAGAAGGCAGAAAAGUUUUAAAACUCCUCCAAAGAGCUUUUGAUCAACGCCUUAUUUUUACAGUUGGCGUCUCUUCAACUACUGGGAGACGUAAUGUUGUGACUUGGAAUGAUAUUCACCAUAAAACCUCAAGAUAUGGAGGAGCAACUAAUUACGGAUACCCUGAUCCUGGUUACCUGACGCGUGUCCAGGAAGAGCUAAAAGCAAAAGGAAUUUACUAAGAGAAGAAGAUGAAGCCUCUGCUCCAAAAUUCUCAUGUACAGCAGUCACAUAGCAGAACUGAAGUGAAGUAGGUUUAGCUGAAAAUUGCAUUAUUUAAAAAAAUAGUAAAUUAAAAACACUACUGCACUCUGUUGAAUGCAUACAUGUUGGCACUGGUAAAUCAUAUACUGUACAACACUGCUGUCAAAUUUAAGUGUGUACUUCACUUACUGCAGAUUUCCAGCUGUGUAAGGCUGUGUCCUGAAAGCCACUAUCGAUGUGUUAAAGAGCUCCAUGGUCAUUAAACAUCAACCUUGAAUUGUACAAUCUGUUUAUCAGUUGUAAUACUAAUUUGAUUCAUAUGGUAUUUGUAAAUAUGUACAUUUUAAUAGCAUUGAAGUUUGUAAAUUUUGUUUUGUGGAGUUACCCAAGGUUUUAUAAUUUUAACUGUUAGAGAAUAAUAAUCACCACAGUGUUGCAUCUAAAUGGCAUCAUUUAUCCCUUAAUGGAAAGUAACAAUAAAUGUAGAAGUGUAAUUAAAUAAGUUUGUAACAUAGUUCAUUGAUUUUAAAACAAUAACUGAUCAGCACGUUUUGGGACAAGAAUGUUUGUUUUUAUAAAAGGUAAAAAAUGAAGAUUGUAAAAGUUAGCUGUUACACUGAGAAGAACAUUGACCCUUAUAUAAGGAAAUCAGGUCCAGAAGGAACGCAGAUCAUUAAAUCUGCAUUGCUGUUUUAGUUGAUCUUGUCCUCCAUAGUUUUAUGCAACUUUAUAGAUCUCAUUUACAAGUGGGAUAUUUAACAUAUUAGGAAAAUAACCUAUUGUAACAAACUUUGCUUUCAUAACGUACAUUCAAAACAAGCUCAUUUUGUGUGUGCUUUACACAUCUGAAUGCUGUUCUGAAUCUUUAUUUCUUAGUGUUUUUGAAAAUUAAAGUGGAUCACAAAAAUAAAGACGCUUUGCAGCAACAUAUAAAAAUUA